GAAAUUAGAACGGAUUUCUUCUCUCCUUUUGCAUAGAAUCAACCCACAAAUUUAUUAAACAACGUACAACUGAUUCCCACCAGAACAAGAAAAAUGCGUCCAUAUUCCAACUUGUUAGCCGUUUUAGUUACGCUGAUCACUUGUACAGCAGCAGCAGCAGCAGCAGCAGCAGCAGCAUAUACUCGUAGUAAAGGGACAAAUAGCAACGAUCAAGAAUAUGCAAAACAGAUUUUUAGGUCAGCCCAGAAAGAAAAAGACUGGUUAGUAUCAAUUAGAAGGAAAAUCCACGAAAACCCAGAACUCAGAUUCCAUGAAUUCAACACCAGUGCCCUAAUUCGGAGCCAACUCGACCAACUCGGCAUUUCUUACGAAUACCCUUUUGCUACAACGGGUUUGGUUGCUCAAAUUGGGUCGGGUCUUCCACCCAUUGUUGCUCUACGUGCUGAUAUGGACGCUCUCCCCUUGCAGGAAUUAGUGGAGUGGGAGCACAAGAGCAAAGUGGAGGGAGUAAUGCAUGGAUGUGGGCACGAUGCUCACACUACUAUGCUUCUUGGUGCUGCUAAAUUACUCAAUCAAAGGAAGGACAAGGCUUACGGUUCGGGAACCGUAAGACUUGUUUUUCAACCUGCUGAAGAAGGAGGUGCAGGAGCAUCCCAUAUGAUAAAAGAAGGUGCUCUCGGUAAUUCCGAAGCAAUAUUCGGCAUGCAUAUCGAUUAUGAAGAACCUACCGGAACUAUUUCCACUAUUAGUGGACCGAUUUUAGCUGCUGUUUGCUUCUUCGAAGCCAAAAUAUUCGGUAAAGGCGGCCAUGCUGCAGAACCCCACAAUACCAUCGAUCCGAUCAUCGCUGCUUCUUUCGCAAUCUUGUCUUUGCAAAACCUCGUUUCGAGAGAAGUCGACCCUCUUCAUAGUCAAGUGCUUUCUGUUACGUAUGUCCGAGGUGGGACCGCGUCGAACGUAAUACCGGACUAUGUCGAACUAGGUGGCACUCUCCGAAGCCUUACAACUAAAGGGUUACUUCAACUCCAACACAGGGUCAAAGAGGUAAUCGAAGGGCAGGCAAGCGUGCACAAAUGCAAAGCGUACGUGAGCAUGAAAGAAGACGAAUACCCCUCGUAUCCAGCUUGUGUGAACGACAAACGAUUAAACGAGCACGUGAAAAAAGUGGGGGGGCUAUUGCUCGAUCCGGAUAACGUAAAGGAGGCGAAAAUGGUGAUGGCUGGUGAAGAUUUUGCGUUCUAUCAAGAAGUGAUUCCGGGUAUUAUGUUCAGCAUCGGGAUCAGAAACGAGAGAAUAGGUUCGGUGCACUCUCCUCAUUCGCCGUAUUUCUUUCUUGAUGAAGAUGUUCUUCCUAUUGGAGCUGCAUUGCACACUGCUCUAGCAGAGUUUUAUCUGAGAGGACAAAUUUCUGGUGCUCUUGAUUUAGAUAUUUAGGGUUUUUGUGUUUGUUUAUUAAUUAGUUAAUUAGCACUGUUUUAGGUUGUAUUUGAUAUAAAUAAUUACAUGGAGAUCCAUAAUGCUUACUCUGUAUAUAUAAAACUUGUUAUAUAUUUCUAGAAUGCAGUUUUUUAUUAUUA